AUGGUGCAAAUAAUUAAGACUAUCUUAUUUAUUAAAACUUCUGUCUUAGUCCUUGUAACAUUUAUACGUCAUUUUAACAAUGAUAUGGAUAAGGAUUCGCAUAUUUUAGGGUUAAAGCAGAAUAAAUCAAAUAAUAAUGAGCAUGAAAAGUAUGAUAUAACUAUUAAUGAAAAAGGGAACAAAGGAAUAAACAAAAAAUCUGAUAAAAGUUCAUUAAAUAAGGCGCAAUACUAUAUGGAAGUAAUAGAUUAUAACAAUGGAAUGUUUGAUGGAAAACAUUUUCAUUUUAAAAAAAAAUGGAUUAAAAAAAAAGAUUACGAUAAUUUUAUUGAAAGGAACAGGAGAAUUUGUGAUAUAUCUUUAAGAAAAAUAAGAUUUAGAAAGUAUGGUACUGGAGUUGCUAUGUUUGUUAUUUUUUUCUUGUUUGCAGGAGCAUUUUAUGUAUUACCAAGAUUAACGUCUUUGAAUACUGCAUGGAAAAAACUUGAAGAGGGUAGUGAUAUAUUGAAAACAUUGCAUGAAACUAUAAAAAGUUAUGGGGAUACAGUAAUGACAUCUAUUUAUUUAACAUUAUAUAGUGUACUUAUGCUUAUAUUGAUUAUUGUGCUUGUAAUAGGAAUUUGUAGAGUCUUAGGAAAUAAUGAAAAAUAUAAUAAAAUUAAAUUGAUGUCUGAACAAAGUGCAUAUUAA